UCGUUUAGUUGUUGUGAAUCAGAUAAAAUGUUUCUGCUACUCUGCCUCGCUACACUGGUCACUGUAGGACUGACACAUCCCUCCUACCAAAACGCCAUUCCAAAUGGUCAUCACACACAUAAUCCAUGCGGUGGCCAAGUAUGGCACGGAGUCGGUCAUUUAUUAGCUGCGGGGUCAGGACCUUUGAAUCCUUUUGGCGAGGACUUUGCUGCUGCUGGACACACGUGGACAGCGGCCUUAUGUCAUCUUGACUCCGACAGAGAUGGCCGUUCAAAUGGUGCUGAGCUAGGUGACCCUCAGUGCACUUGGACACCUGCUCACCAUGGUCAUAUGCCAGCAUCUACUGGUCAUCCAGGUAUCUGUGAGCCCAUUGGAAGUACUGCCUGUGCCUGGCAAAAUUUCGUCUGCUAACUCUAUAUGUCUUUUGUUACACAAAGAAAAAAUCGAAAAUGUGCUCAAAUUGGCAACAAUUUUAUCUACAAC